AUGAAGAACCCAUCCUGCAGUCAGGACACCUUCUACUCUCGUAUCGAACCUGCUAGUCCAAGCUUGGUCUCAAGAGAGCCGUCUCCGGAGUUGCGUAUACCAACCAAUCAGAGGCAGGUCGAAAUUCAAAGACGUACUCAGAGUCAUAAGUCACAUAAGAGACAAGGCGGUUUGAGGUUGGCUGCGGUGAACGGGGAUGUUCCGGUGGAAGGUGACGUUGACAACGCAAACCCGAGGCAGAUGCAGGUCGGACAAGAGAACUUUCCAAAGCGAGUCAAAGUCAAACACGAUGGAGUGUUUCAUCCCAAAGAAUCAUCUCUGGGGAAGUUUGUUGCGGGUGUCUGGGAACAGAUACACUCUGGGGUGAUUCUUGAACCACAUGUUCUUACGGAGCAGGUUCAACUCACGUCUCGCUCGUCGGGGAACAGUCCUUCUGGGGAUCUUGUAUCGACAGCUCCGAGCAUACGUCCAGAUCAAACUUGGGAGUCUUUCAAUCGAAGCAACAUCUUCUGCCAAAGAGUCACCCAAGCGAGCCGCACAUGUCGUUCCAUCGAAGUCAUUGUCCAAGCGCGAUGGGUUGAGUUGUUUGACUCUUACGUCGAGUACCUUGCCAGCACGAAUCCAAACCUGUCUAUGACAAAAUGUCGUAUGAGAGCUAUAGCCGAGGCAUGCACCGACUUUGGUUGGACCGAGAAGGAACUUCGAAACAAGAUGGGUAUUUGGCGAGGGUACAAAGAGAUCAAGGAUGUCCUUGGCUGGGUUGCGUUGGUCUUUUCCGGAAUGGGACUUUAUCGGCUGUAUACUGCCUUGUGGGGAGCCGAUGAUCCUCGCUGGACACCGCCAUCAUCGGCUAUAUGCCUUUCCGGUAUCAAUGUUUGCGACUUAUGCAGCGAAGUACAAUCCAACGAAAGCGCGGUCAACGCCUGUAAAUGUUUCCCUAAUCUCUUUGGCGUGCCGAGGUUACCAAUCGCAGUCCAAGUCUUCUGCACAUCCAACGGUCGCAACAACGGCCUUCAAGCCCUGGUAGCGUUCGAAAGGGGCACUGCGAUUGGAGAGUUUGUCGGCUUGAUCACCAAAGAUAUCGAAGAACAAGACGUUAUGGAUAGUCAAGCGGGCGGAACAAGAUAUCAGAUCUGGCAGGGCAAGCAGGGUAACUUUACUCGAAAGAUCCCUCUAGCGUCAUAUCUAUUUACCCGCCUCAAACAAGCAGGCACUCGGCGCAUAUAUGGAGUCCCUGGUGACUUUACACUUAGAGCUCUCGAUCAUGUUCCCCGCAGUGGAAUCCAAUUCGUCGGAUGCUGCAAUGAGCUGAAUGCAGGAUAUGCCGCAGAUGGCUACGCCCGAGCCCAGCGUCAUCGUCUGCAGUCUGGUCUUGGUGCAUUGAUUACGACGUAUGGUGUAGGGGAGCUGAGUGCAGCCAAUGCCGUUGCUGGGAGUUACGCAGAGCAUUUGCCAGUCGUUCACAUUGUCGGAACACCAUCUCAGAAAGCACGACAGGUUUCGACUACCAGUGUUGGUGGACGGAGUCCGCAUUUGCAUAUUCAUCACACUCUAGCUGAUUCACGAAUUGGGGUGUUCCGGGAGAUUGCGGAGAAGUUUACUGUUGCACAGCUUGAUCUUUCGGGGGUCGAUGCUGAAGAUGUACCUACUAAAGUCGAUGAGGUACUCGCGAAGGCGCUGUAUCACAGUCGUCCGGUCUACGUGGAACUACCGUCGGAUGCGGUGGAAACUGUGGUAUCUUCAACCCUUCUUGAAAGACCAAUCGAGGAGAGACAUACCAUAAAUGAUGAAUCUAGCCACUUGGAGACAAGAGAAAUGGCCGACAGUCUCUUGCAAAGGCUUUAUGCUGCUAAGCGACCGUUGAUUCUAGUCGAUCGAGGUGAUGGAAUCGAAACGAUCCGACCCGACAUCAACGAAUUUGUGCAAAAGUCUGGUAUUCCAACACUGUCACUACCAUCAGGCGCCAGCAUGGUUAACAACUCGCUACCCAACUACUUCGGCGUGUAUUCCGGAUCGAUCGGUAUCGUUGACUUGACGUCUGCUGUAAAAUCAGCAGAUCUGGUCUUGGCUUUUGGGUGUCAGUUCUCAGAUACUCAGACGCUUGGCUGGGGUGUCGUACCUGAACGGAACAGCAUGAUCAUGAUAGGAAGAAAUAAUAUUGAGGAUCAUCAAACGGGUACAGGAGAGAUAUUGAGAAUGGUGACUGCAAAUCUUGACAAGCGUAGUCUCGCAGAGCAAGAUACAUCCUCGUGGGGGAACUUCCGCCACUUGCCUUCGCAGACAGUUGAGCCGGCAUCUCCCAUAAACCAGGACGAAUUCUACAUCCAUCUCAAUAAAUAUCUCAAGGAUGACGACAACAUCUUGUUAGGAAACGCAACGCCAAUCAUAGGUGGCCGAGAUUUCGUCCUUCCACCUUCUUCUCAGCUCAUUGCCUCCGGAAUGUGGUUCUCUAUCGGACACAUGCUCCCGGCUGCCAUGGGAGUUUCUCAAGCAAAGGCCGACCAGGGUUCAUCUGGCCGCACGAUUCUUCUCGACGGCGACGGAAGCUUCCAGAUGACGGCGCAAGAAUUAAGCACCAUUAUACACAAGCGCGUCAACAUGGUCGUCUUCAUUAUAAACAACAGUGGGUAUACGUAUGAGAGAUAUAUCCACGGCAUGGAUGAGGAGUACAAUGACGUUGCGCCUUGGAACUACAGUCUUGGACCGAAUCUUUUUGGCCAAGCCCCGGAUGGAUACCCGAUUCAGUCUUGCCGAGUACAUACCUGGAAAGAGCUAGACAGUGUUCUUAACUCUGAAGGAUUCUCGACCGGUAAAGGGUUGACGCUGGUUGACAUUGUUAUAGACAAGUACGAUAUAUCGGAAAGGGCAAAAGCCUUGUUUGAGUUGGUCAACAAGCAACUCUAA